AUGUGUCUCGAUGCUCGACCAACAGCACAGUCCGGUGGUCCGUGGUGGGUGGUGGCCGUGGGGCGGCGGGACGGGCGCUUCUCCCUGGCCAACGAGACGACGGCGCUGCCGGGGCCGACGGCCAGCUUCGAGCAGCUGAAGCAGGCGUUCCACGGCCGCGGGCUGUCCACCAAGGACCUGGUGGCGCUGUCGGGCGCCCACACCCUGGGCUUCGCGCACUGCUCCUCCUUCCAGAACCGCAUCCGGGUCCCCGCCUUCCAGGGCGCCGCCGACCCUUCCCUGAGCCCCUCCUUCGCCGCCGCCCUCCGCCGUGCGUGCCCCGCCAACAACACCGUCCGGGCCGCCGGGUCCGGCCUGGACGCCACCUCCGCGGCCUUCGACAACACCUACUACCGGAUGCUGCAGGCCGGCCGGGGGCUGCUCUCCUCCGACGAGGCGCUGCUCACGCACCCCAAGACGCGCGCCUUCGUCGCGCUCUACGCCGCGUCGCAGGAGGCCUUCUUCAGGGCCUUUGCAAAGUCCAUGCUGCGGAUGGCCGCGCUCAACGGAGGCGACGAGGUGCGAGCCAACUGCAGGCGCGUCAACUCAUCAUGA